GACGUGGAGGAUUAUGGGGAAGGAUUCGAAUGCCGGAUGGUUUAAAUCGUGGGAGGCGCAGCUACCGCUGCCAGUAGUAUUCGCAAGCACCUACGCAUUAGCUACGGCAGAUUUAUGAUUGUCACAAAGUGGAAAUGAAGAACUUAAUGACAAGGCUUCAGUUACCACAGAACAAGCAACCAAGAGUUUAAUAGGAUUGACUCAGCACAUCUCAAAAGUACUUUCAGUUACAUAUGAGGAUAAUUUAUUAAAACAUCAAGCUAUGCAGAAAAACUCCAAGAGGAACAAUAAUUCAAGAGUUUCUGACAUAGAAUUGAACUCUGUGGAUGCUGAGAAGGGAAAAAACGAGAGUCAAAACAACUUUGUUGAACUGCUGCCUCCAGAAGUAGCUCUUAAAAUUUUCACUCAUCUAGACAUUCGGAGUUUGUGCAGGGCUUCAGCAACAUGCUGGAGCUGGAAUUACACAAUAAGAAACAGUGACUUUUUAUGGAAACCUCACUGCUUGACUGUAAGAGCUGUGUGCCGAAGAGAAAUUGAUGAUGAUCUAGAAAGUGGCUAUUCCUGGAGGGUAAUACUACUGAGGAAUUACCAGAAGAGUAAAGUGAAACAUGAAUGGCUAAGUGGCAGAUACAGCAACAUAUGUUCUCCCAUUAGCCUACCAGAAAAAAUCAUGUACCCAAUGGAUGUGGACACAUGGGGGGAAAUUCUAGAAGCAGAACUGGAAAGAUAAGUGGAAAAAGCAAAUAGAUCUCAUGACUUUGAGAGUUUAAAAUUAAAAUGACUCCUAAGUUGCAGAAGGUGUAUCU